AUGUGUCGAUUGUUUGGAUCACGUCAGCCAGUGUCUAUAUGGGAUCGACGAUGCUUUCAGCUUUCAGGAUCACAAUACAAUGGCAAGUUCCCAACCAUCAAAAACCUUGAAGCUGUAUGGUGGGCCUUUGACCAAGGAACAAAAUACGAAGCUCACAACACAAUCUUGAUUGACGAUUCAUCCCACAAAUCCAUUAUGCAACCUUACAAUGCUAUCCAUAUCAGCACCUUUCAUCAUCGAGACAGCCGGCUUCUAAACGAAGGGGAUAAGGAAUUGAUUCAUGUCAUGGAAUAUCUUGAAGCGUUGAGGAAACAAAGCAACGUAUCCAAUUACAUACGCCAUCAUCCUUACAAGUCAUCAUCAUCAUCAUCACCAACAUCUACAACUACAACUAAUGAUCAUCCGCAUGAACAUCAAGUAUAUUUUUAUGACUUUAUGACUGGUGAACGUGAGCUAGUUGAUCUCAGGUCCCUCGUUUCCAUUCACAAAGCCGACCCAUCAUCAUCAUCAUCAUCCUCAUCAUUGCCCAUUGCCAUAGCAACAGCAUCCAUAGAAACAUCAUCUACUAGUCCAUCAUCCACCAUGCAUACAAAGUAA